AUAAACCAAUAAAUAAUGAUAAAUUAUAAGUUUUUGUCCAUUUCCUGCGCCAAACGGAGUGCCAUUCCAUGGAGGACGCACUUGUGUUGCAUCAGGCUUUUAGUGGGAUUUGGAAUGGAGAUAAAUUAUCUCGACGCGCAUUUCGGGGUAAAAGCCUUUAUCAUUAUACCGUGUGUGCUUUUUGGUAUAUGCAUCGCAUUUGCUAGUGAAUCUCCGGAAAUUGUCGUGAAACCGAGAAAUCAGCAGGUGAGGGCCGGCGGAAAUGCUGCAUUUUACUGUUCUGCACGCGGUGAUCCCCAACCCCUUAUUCAUUGGAAAAAAAAUGGCAAGAAAGUGUCGAGUACUCAAUCUCGCUAUCAGAUCAGGGAGUUUCCCACGGGAGAGCUUCUGUUGCGUGUAGAACCCGUUCGUGCUGGCAGAGAUGAUGCUACUUACGAAUGUAUUGCAGAGAAUAGCCUCGGUGAAAUUGCAGCUGCAGAGGCCACGCUCAUAGUUUUUGAGAACGAUAAGUUACCGGCAGGAUUUCCUCAGAUAACUCAGUCGCCAGCCACAAAUAAAGUCGUGGAAAUUGGACACAGUACUGUUCUGACUUGUAGUGCCUCAGGCAUUCCUCCUCCAAAAAUCACCUGGUACCGAAACAUGUUACCUAUAGAUGUUAAGAGUGAACCUCGUUAUUCUAUGAGGGAUGAUAUACCAGGUGCUCUUCAGAUAAAAAAUAGCGAAGAAAAAGACCAGGGAAAGUACGAAUGUGUUGCAGAAAAUUCUGUGGGAAGCGAAUACUCAAAACCUGCAUCUUUAUAUGUUAAAGUAAGAAGAGUCCCUCCUCAGUUUUCUAUCCCACCUCAAGCAGUAAACGAAGUAAUGCUUGGCGCUGAUUUAAAUUUAUCAUGUGUCGCAGUAGGAUCGCCUUUACCUUAUGUUAAAUGGCGAAAAGGCGUCCAAGAAUUAACCCCCGAUGAUAAGUUACCCAUUGCGAAAAACACUUUGGAAUUGAGAAAUAUUAAGGAGUCGGCCAACUACACCUGCAUUGCAUCCAGUGUUCUUGGCGAAAUAGAAGCUGUAGCAGAAGUUAAAGUACAAUCCUUGCCGGGUCCCCCGACUAACGUUCAAGUUUCGGAAAUAACUGCCACUUCUGUACGCCUAACUUGGUCGUACAAUGGUUUUGAGAGUUUGCAGUAUUACGUGAUCCAAUUCAAGCCAAAGUAUGCCAAUCAAGCGUUCAGCGAAAUAUCAGGGAUUAUUACAAUGUAUUAUUCUGUACGGAACUUGAGUCCUUACACUGAGUACGAAAUGUACGUUAUUGCAGUUAAUAGUGUUGGUCGAGGUCCUCCUAGCGCUCCAGUAACUGUUACAACCGGAGAAACAGAGCCAGGCACUGCCCCCCGUAAUGUACAAGUGCGACCCCUUAGUUCGAGUACCAUGGUGAUUCAGUGGGAGGAACCAGAAACACCUAAUGGCCAAGUUACAGGUUACAAAGUGUAUUAUACAACAAAUCCUCAACUACCUAUGGCCCAGUGGCAGUCCCAAUUGGUGGACAACAAUCAGUUGACUACCAUAAGCGACUUGACACCUCAUACAAUCUAUACCAUCAGAGUUCAGGCAUUUACAUCGGUGGGGCCCGGUCCUUUAAGUCCCCCAGUACAUGUGAAAACGCAACAAGGAGUACCGAGUCAACCGAGCAAUCUGAGGGCGUCGGACAUCGGCGAGACGUCGGUGACGUUAGAAUGGAGUAAACCGUCGCAUUCAGGCGAAAGCAUCGUCAGUUACGAACUGUAUUGGAACGACACGUAUGCUAAAGAGAAAUACCACAGGCGUAUUCCUGUCUCUGAAACGUACGUGUUGGUGGGAUUGUAUCCCAACACUCUGUACUACGUUUGGUUGGCUGCGCGUUCACAAAGGGGCGAGGGCGCCACCACUCCGCCAAUACCCAUACGAACGAAGCAAUACGUACCGGGUGCUCCGCCCCGCAACGUGACCGGCGAAGCGGUAAGUCCGACGUCGAUCUAUGUGAGAUGGGAACCACCGCCGGCGGAUCGGAGCAAUGGCAAUAUCGUCUACUACAAGUUGCAGCGAGUGGAUGCAGGCCAAUCCGACAGCGAGGCUACUGUCAUUAAAUUGAACGCCACGUCAUUUCUUUUGGACGAAUUGAAGCCAUGGACUGAGUACAGGAUAUGGGUGCUGGCCGGAACCUCGGUCGGGGACGGUCCCGCAUCGUACCCCAUCACCGUACGCACCCAUGAGGAUGUUCCGGGCGAUCCCCAAGACGUAAAGGCAACGCCCAUCAAUUCCACGGCUAUAAAGGUAUCGUGGCAACCACCUCAGGCAAAAGAUCGCAAUGGAAUUAUUCGUGGGUAUCACAUCCACGUUCAAGAAACCCGCGAAGAGGGUGGAUUUUUAAAUGAAGCAAUGCGUUUCGAUGUUCUGGGUGAUGCAGUGUACGAACUGAACAUAACAGGUUUGCAGCCAGAUACCCGGUAUGCAGUGCAAGUUGCCGCUUUAACGAGGAAAGGAGACGGCGACAGAAGUCCUCCGGUGACUGUGCGGACGCCUGGCGGUGUACCAAAUAGACCCUCGCUGGCUUUGAAAGUAAUAGAAAGAGAGCCAACUGUAACCAUUGAAUUAGAGUGGAGUAGACCUUCUCAGACUUACGGAGAAUUACAAGGUUAUAGGCUUAGAUAUGGAGUAAAAGAUCAAGAAUUAAAAGAUUAUUAUAUCAAAGGAACUCAAGUAAAUAACUACAGGAUAAAGGAUUUGGAGAAAGGGGUAGAGUACGAAUUCAGAGUAGCAGGAAAAAAUCACAUAGGUACUGGUCAAGAGGCUAUCAAGUACCUUCGAACGCCUGAGGGUCCUCCUACCGGUCCUCCCACGAACAUUACUUUUCGUUUCCAAACUCCAGACGUUGUAUGUUUUAACUGGGAAUCUCCGAUCCGAGAACAUCGUAACGGCCAAAUAAUUCGUUAUGAACUCCAGUUUCAUAAAAAAAUCGACCACAGUAAUAUAAUCGUGCGAAAUGUGACCAAUACCAAAGCAGUGUUUACUAAUUUGGACGAAAAUACAGAGUAUGUGUUUCACAUCAGGGCGUACACGUCGCAAGGUGCAGGGCCGUACAGCGAAAAGAUUUGUAUACAAACAGAAAGAGAUAUAGGUCGCGCACCGAUGAGCGUUAAAGCCGUCGCGACGUCCGAUUCGAGCGUCGAAGUUUGGUGGGAACCUGUUAUUUCGCGUGGUUCAGUAAUAGGAUAUCAAAUUUUUUAUACGAUGACCGCAGUAGAAGAUUUGGACGAGUGGCAGCAUAAGUUGGUGGGUCUUACAGAAUCGGCCGAUUUAAUAAAUUUGGAAAAAUAUGCCCAAUAUGCAAUAGCAGUCGCAGCAAGACUGGAAACAGGUCUAGGACGGUUAUCUGAGAAAGUAACUGUUAAAGUAAAACCUGAAGAUGUUCCCCUUGAUUUAAGAGCCCACGACGUCACCACUCAUUCGAUGACUUUAUCCUGGUCUCCACCGAUUCGAUUAAAUCCCGUUAAUUACAAAAUAUCUUUUGACGCUGUAAAAGAAUUUGUUGAUUCGCAAGGCAUUACCCAAACUCAGAUAAUACCUAAAACGGAAAAACUUUUGGAUUACACAGUACGAUCUCACGUCAUCAACGAUUUGUCCCCUUUCACCACCUACAACGUAAACGUCAGUGCAAUACCUCCUGAUUCAUCCUAUCGACCUCCGACUAAAAUUACCGUUACCACUCAAAUGGCUGCGCCGCAGCCGAUGGUUAAACCCGAUUUUUAUGGAGUUGUUAACAGAGAAGAAAUCCAUGUGAUACUUCCUCAAGCUUCUGAAGAAUAUGGUCCUAUAAGUCACUAUUAUCUUAUAGUAGUACCUAAGGAUCAGGCCACAAUUAACAAGCAACCUGAUCAGUUUCUUACAGACGAUUUGAUCGCUGGUAAAGGACAAAAAGGAGGUCCUAAUGCUCCCUACAUAGCUGCCAAAUUUCCUCAACGAAAUAUUCCAUAUACUUUUCAUUUGGGAACUGGCGAAGAACAAGGCGGAUUCAAGAAUAAGAAAUUGGAGCGUGGAAAGCAGUACAGAAUUUUUGUUAGAGCCAUAGUAGACACGCCGCAGAAACAUUUAUAUACUAGCAGUCCAUUUUCCGAAUUUUUGGCUCUAGAUAUGCCCGAGGUACCGCCUGGAGAUCCACCUUUGCGACCGAAUCCUAACGUUCCUACCGAUAACGAUGUUAAAGUGCUCUCACAACAAAAGGAGGCCGGAGUAUUAUGGGUCAUAGGGCCGUUAAUAGCUGUUUUAACAGUUUCUAUCGUUUUAGUGAUGCUUUUUAUAAUCAGGAAACGACGACAACCGUGCAAAACACCGGACCAAACCGCUGUGACGCGUCCCUUAAUAGCUGCUGACAUAAGCAGUAAUGCGGCACCAAAUGAUCCCGUUGAGAUGCGUCGUUUAAAUUUUCAAACGCCGGCAAUGAUCUCGCAUCCUCCCAUUCCCGUUUCCGAACUGGCAAACCAUAUAGAAAGAUUAAAAGCGAACGAUAAUCUUAAAUUCUCUCAGGAGUACGAAAGUAUUGAGCCGGGACAACAGUUCACUUGGGAGCAUUCGAAUAUGGAGGUGAACAAACCGAAAAAUCGCUAUGCAAACGUAAUUGCAUACGAUCACAGUCGCGUGAUCCUUCAACCAGAGGAUAGCGUAUUGGGGAGUGAUUAUAUCAAUGCGAAUUAUUGCGACGGAUACAGGAAACACAAUGCGUACAUAGCGACACAAGGACCCCUUCAAGAAACGUUCGCAGAUUUUUGGAGAAUGUGCUGGGAAGUGAAAACGUCCACGAUCGUUAUGAUGACCAAAUUGGAGGAACGAACGCGAAUCAAAUGCGAUCAGUAUUGGCCUGCGAGAGGCACAGAGACUUACGGUUCUAUGACAGUGACGGUAACUGAUGUGCAAGAAUUGGCCACGUACUGCAUCAGAACGUUUCAAAUUCACAGGCAAGGUCACGCAGAACGACGUGAAAUCAAGCAGUUACAAUUUACAGCUUGGCCAGAUCAUGGCGUUCCCGAUCAUCCUGCGCCUUUCCUACAGUUCUUGAGAAGGGUGAGGAGUUUAAAUAAUCCAGAUGCCGGGCCUAUUGUAGUGCAUUGUUCCGCAGGGGUUGGCCGUACAGGUUGUUUCAUUGUGAUAGAUUCCAUGCUAGAACGCAUGAAACACGAAAAAUUAAUUGAUAUUUAUGGGCACGUGACGUGUUUGCGUGCACAACGCAAUUAUAUGGUACAAACAGAAGAUCAGUACAUAUUCAUACAUGACGCACUUCUUGAAGUGGUCCAGUGUGGUGCCACCGAAGUUCCUGCCCGCAGUCUGCAUUCACAUAUCCAAAAACUGAUGCAACCAGAACCGGGUGAAAACGUCACCGGAAUGGGGCUCGAAUUUAAAAAAUUGGGUAAUCUAAAAGUGGAUUCUUCCAAGUUUACAUCUGCAAAUCUGCCCGCUAAUAAGCACAAGAAUAGACUAGUGCACAUUUUACCAUACGAGAGUAGCAGGGUGUGUCUGACGCCUAUUAGAAAUAUAGACGGUUCGGAUUACAUAAACGCCAAUUUCGUCGACGGCUAUAGGUAUCGUAAGGCGUAUAUAGCGACACAAGGACCACUCCCAGAUACCGUAGAUGAUUUUUGGAGAAUGUUAUGGGAACACAAUUCUACAAUAGUUGUGAUGUUGACUAAAUUGAAAGAGAUGGGUCGAGAAAAAUGCCAUCAGUAUUGGCCGAGUGACCGAUCAGUUAGAUAUCAAUGCUUUGUCGUCGAUCCUAUCGCCGAAUACAACAUGCCACAGUAUAUACUGAGGGAAUUUAAGGUGACUGACGCGAGAGACGGAUCAUCGAAGACGGUGCGACAGUUCCAAUUCACUGAUUGGCCGGAACAGGGGGUCCCGAAGAGCGGAGAUGGCUUUAUUGACUUUAUCGGACAGGUACAUAAAACCAAAGAACAAUUUGGGCAAGACGGACCAAUAACAGUGCAUUGCAGUGCGGGCGUCGGUAGAACAGGUGUAUUUAUCACUUUAAGUAUAGUCUUGGAGAGGAUGCAGUAUGAAGGAGUCGUAGACGUUUUCCAAACAGCCAGAAUACUACGUACGCAGAGGCCUGCCAUGGUACAAACGGAGGAGCAGUACCAGUUUUGCUACAGGGCAGCACUGGAGUACCUAGGUUCCUUUGAUCAUUAUGCUAAUUAAAAAGGAGACUUAAAUGAUUGAUAGUUGGAAAAAAGUAGGCAUAAUUAAGCGACCCCCUCCCUCGUAAGGUGUGUAUGUGUGUGUGUUGUGUGCCUGUAGGUAUGCGGACAAUAAAAAGUUCAUUGUGUUUUCCCCGAUUGUGUACGAUGUCUAUUGGCAACUUUAGAAGGUUCACUGUAAUUAAAAGCUGCUAUUUUGUUGAAAUAGUGAGAUUUUUUAUGCAGAUGUGCCUACAGAUGUAGAAAUUAUCAAGUAUAUAUUAAGUAAUGUGUAGACGUCUCAUCUGCUGCUGAUCAUUCUUAAAUUUUGAAAGAAUGAAAAACAAAAAAAGGGAUAGAAUUGAAUAUAGUUUAUUAUUUACUGGCCGUUUUGGUCUUUUGUAGAAAUAGAUAAUGCAGCUUUGUAUCAUAUCAAAUAUUUGGUAAGCUGACUGAAUCAUUUUUAUGUGAAUGUAUUCAAAAUAAUUGACUUUUUUUGAUUACACUCUGACUGAUAUUUUUUAUUUAAUUUUUCUAUUCUCUUUUAUAUUGUAAUAUUAUUGUAGCACAAAAUCUAUAAAA